AUGAUAAUCGGUACUAAUAAGUAUGAACUACCAGUUUGUCUAGUAUUUCCUGAUAUGGACUCUGAAUUUGCUAUAUUAAAUCUAACUGAGAUUCUGGGACAAAAUAGAGUAUCUACAGUUAUUAAUUAUUAUCAAUUAAACAACUGUUCAUCAAAUAUAAAUGAUACAAAUCGUUGCUGUGAUAAAACUAAUUUAAUUUUAGAUACUCUUUUUGGUUGUAGUAUUCGCCAUUGUAAUCCAGGAAUAUGUCCUAAAUUAUCAAAAGAAGAAGGUGCUGGUGUAUGUUUUCAUACAGCAGAACUUCCAUUAGUAUUUGGAACUGAAAGUUAUUAUUCAUCUAUGAAUCCCAUCAAUUGUACGUGGGAUGAUCAAACAAGAAUAUAUUCAAAUAAAAUUAUUUCAUAUUGGAUUAAUAUGGCUAAGAAAGGAGAACCAUCGAAACAAUGGCAGAAAUAUGAUUCGUCAACGUCAAAAUACUUGCAAUUUACACCUUAUCAUGAAUUUUCUAUGAAAUCAUGGGAUCAUGAUUGUUCGAUUUUUGAUCAAAUUGAACAAGAUGAUCUAUAUGAAAUGUUCGGUGCUGGAGUUGAUAAUUUACAUUUAACAACAGGAACUGUUUUAGAAGCAGGAAAUGAUCGAUUAAUUGAAACAAGUUCAUAUCAACAUUCAUUAGAUAAAGGAAAUUAUCAAGUUAUUUGGACACGUACUACUGAAGAAAAUAAUGAAUGGCAAUUAGAUAUUGAUAUUUUUAAUUGA